AUCAUUCUCUGAUGGAGUAAUUUAGAGAUGGAAGGUGGGAAUGAUAAAGAGAACUUUGAAGGACAAAAGGGUCACACCACCUUCUUUAAACACCCCCUUGGCCCCUUAUAAUUGCCAUUGAUUCAUCUGUCUUUUGACACAUACAAAUUCUAGUGAGAGAAAGAAAGACCGGACCAUAAAAGACACCUCUUCGGACUUCACUUCUACGCAGUCUUCAUCCCUUUAUUUUCUCUCCCCUAAAUAAUCUCUACUUCUGGUCACUCACGCUAGCUAUGGCCAAUGCAGCUUCUGGGAUGGCAGUCCAUGAUGACUGCAAGCUGAAAUUUUUAGAGCUGAAAGCUAAGCGCACAUAUCGUUUUAUUGUUUUUAAGAUUGAAGAGAAGCAGAAGCAGGUAGUUGUUGAGAAAAUUGGAGAGCCGACUGAAACACAUGAAGCUUUUAAUGCAGCUCUUCCUGCUGAUGAAUGCCGCUACGCGGUGUUUGACUUUGAUUUUGUAACAGAGGAGAACUGCCAAAAAAGCAAGAUCUUUUUCAUUGCAUGGUCUCCUGAUACUGCAAGAGUGAGAAGCAAGAUGAUUUACGCAAGUUCAAAGGACAGAUUCAAGAGGGAAUUGGAUGGCAUUCAGGUGGAGCUUCAGGCAACCGAUCGUACUGAGAUGGAUCUCGAUGUUUUCAAUAGCCGGGCUCACUGAAUUGUACAAGCUAGUUAUGAAGAUGCUUUUUUUUCCUUUUUAACUUGAAAAAGUAAGUGACGUUAUUAGCUUGUUGAUGGUGGAUUUUGGAUGUUAUAUAAUUACUUAAAGUUGUCCCCCAAGUUCGACUUUGAGAUCGUGUGCCUAUCUAGGUCUGCAUUCACAUUUAUAUUGUUGGCGAUAAAUUUGCACUGAAUCAUGUUGGAUUCAACUUGCUAGUAUGUAUCAUUUGUGGGGUUGUACAGCACAUUUGCGCUGUCUUUUUUAAAACAAAGGCUAUUGAAUUUGGAUAUAGCUCUCGGCAUUUUGUUUGUUUUGCUAUAUACACCGGGCUUUCUUCAA